CUCGAUGUGCUCGGUUCGAGGAAGUAAAUAUGAAAACCAGCUUCUUAGUAUGUUUGAUUGGUGUAGUCAUCGUGUAUCCAGUGGUCUCAUACAAUUUUGGUAAUCAAAACAACCAGUAUCUUCGAAAAGACUUACAAUAUGACUUGGCUAACAUUGCAAGAGUAGGGAACUCAGAUAGUUACAGUUUAAAUUUUAAUCCUUUGAACGCUGCUCGACUGAGAAAUUCAUAUAACCUAUACAAAGCUCUACGAAGCAGUUUGCUUGAUAGCGAAGAUGAUUAUAACCAUUCAGCAAUCACCUAUCGAAAUAGCGACGCUGAAGAUCCGAACAAUCCUUCUAAUAUCAAAUUCCCUGAUGAAAAUGGUGCUAUUGAAGAGGUUUCACAAAUUUAUGACCGAUCCAACCGAUACAAUUAUAUGACUGGGGAUCCAACUUCUAUAGAUGAUACAAUAAAGUAUCAGAACGAAUGUACGGAUUGUCUAUAUGACAGUCCACAUAAGAUCACACAGACAGAAAAGAGGUUUGGUUUUCCAUACGGUGGAUAUGCGGGUGUAGGUGCUCAAGCUGGAGCUUAUGGUGGUGGUGCCUAUGACUACGACUGGUAUGGAUAUUCAGGGUAGCCUAGACGCCUCCCAGUUCAUUAAAAACUAAAAAACACUAAAGUAAAAUUUACGGGCUUUACACGUAAAUAUACCGAGAAAGGCUCUACUACUGCUGCGCGACAUC